CUUCUGUCGUGCUCUCUAUCUUCUAGAAUCUACACUCACCCCUUCCAGCAAGAGCUGUUUGUGCUUCAUAAGUGCUUCUCAAGCAUUGCGUCGACAUAUUGCUUGACCACCAUCUGCCUCCACCUCAGCCGCAAUUAUGUCCGCCCUGCCCACUUGUCCUGGUGAAUACCAUGUCAGGUCCUUCCCCAUCAAGUCCCGGGAUUUUUCUGAUAGUGACAGCAUCGAAGCUCUCACUCCGAUUUCGUCAACCGGUGCCCAGCCUUCCACCCCUGCCGAAAGCGAAACCAGCGGGUCUGUGAUCAGCGAAGCAACUGCAGCAUUGCACAAUGAACUUGACAGGAAAUUGGAAGCCCUCGUUCUGGCCGAAGAGACAGUGCCUCCUUGCGGACAGCCAGCGGCCGAUCUCCCCACCGAAGCGCCUGCGCCAACUUCUAGAGAUCCGUUCGGAUUCGUGUGUGCUUUCGGCUUCACCGGAUCAUUCGACGAGCCAUCAGCCGUCCCCAGGACGAAAGGCGCCUUCCUCGAUGCAAUCAGAGGCGAGAUCGAGGGAAUCGGCAUGACCCAGAGAGGUCUCCAAGCCUACCAGAACGCCAUCAACUCUCGAAAGUAUCAUACAUUCAGCACAAAGUUUCUCAUUGAUCAGAACACCGCCACCGUCAUCACUCUCGACCAGUUGGAUCAAAUAACUACCCACCUGAAGAAAGUCGAGGAAGAAGUUCAGCAGAUUGAGAACGAAGACGAGGAGGUCAAGGACGAGCUUAUGGAAGCCUUCAGGCAUGCCCAGCCUUGGGUGAUGCGUACACGGGCCAUCCUGCGACAUUGUCAUGUUUUCUACAAACUCAACUUUGUCCUAGCCACUGGGAAGAAGACUACACAGUCUUGAAAAGAGGUGGCUGUGGUUCAGAAGUAACUGGUAUCCUUCCGUGCGAAGGGGUGAAAAGGCGUCGUCUCAGGAUGUGUCGGAGUCAAGAUGGCCGUCAGAGGUGUGGCAUUGGUGUGAC